UCCCAACGCAAAAAUUAAAGAAAAAAAAAAAAAAAAUCCAAUUUGGAGGAACCGAGAACUCUGUAUCAUGUCGGUACAAGGGACUUAUCGAAUGUGAUGAAUGGUCAGAGCUCAGAGAAAUCACCGCCUCACCUGAAUCGCGCCAAAGCAGUGCUAGGUUGAAACCAAUCCCUUUUGUUGCGUUAGGAGGGCACAAUUUGGAGUUAUGCUUCUCUCAGCACUUUUAACUUCAGUUGGAAUCAAUCUUGGGCUCUGUUUUCUGUUUUUCACUUUGUAUUCAAUUUUGAGAAAACAGCCUGCCAAUGUCACUGUAUACGGUCCCCGGCUUGUUAAAGACGGGAACUCUCAGCAGUCAAAUGCGUUCAACCUCGAGAGGCUUUUGCCUACAGCAGGUUGGGUCAAAAGAGCACUGGAACCUACCAAUGAUGAAAUCCUUUCCAAUCUUGGCUUAGAUGCUUUGGUCUUCGUUCGUGUUUUUGUCUUCAGUAUAAGAGUGUUUAGCUUUGCUUCUGUGGUUGGAAUCUUCAUACUUCUUCCGGUUAAUUAUAUGGGCACCGAGUUUGAAGAGUUUUUUGACCUGCCAAAGAAGUCUAUGGAUAACUUCAGCAUUUCUAAUGUCAACGAUGGAUCAAAUAAGCUGUGGAUCCACUUUUGCGCAAUAUACAUCUUCACUGCAGUUGUUUGCUCUCUACUUUACCAUGAGCACCAGUACAUCUCAUCAAAGCGGAUAGCUCAUCUUUAUUCAUCCAAGCCUCAGCCACAUGAAUUUACGGUUCUGGUCAGUGGCGUCCCUCUUGUGUCCGGGAACAGUAUAAGUGAGACAGUGGAAAACUUUUUCAGGGAAUAUCAUUCUUCCACGUAUCUUUCUCAUAUAGUUGUUCAUCGGACAGACAAGUUAAAAGUUCUCAUGAAUGAUGCUGAGAAGCUGUACAAGAAGCUUACUCGAGUAAAAUCCGGAAGCAUAUCUCGUAGGCGUGAUGGGUUUCUAGGGAUGUUUGGGAAGAAUGUUGAUGUGGUUGACCAUUACCAAAAGAAGCUUGACAAGUUAGAAGACGACAUGAGAUUGAAACAGUCUUUAUUAGCAGGAGAGGAAGUUCCAGCUGCUUUCGUUUCCUUUAGGACAAGACAUGGUGCUGCAAUAGCAACAAACAUUCAGCAAGGUCUAGAUCCAACACAAUGGCUGACUGAGAGAGCCCCGGAGCCUAGUGAUGUUCAUUGGCCAUUUUUCACUGCAUCGUUUGUGAGAAGAUGGAUCUCCAAUGUGGUGGUGCUCGUGGCUUUCGUAACUCUGUUAAUCCUAUACAUUGUCCCUGUUGUAGUGGUUCAAGGUCUUGCUAAUCUUCACCAGUUAGAGACUUGGUUCCCUUUUCUAACAGGCUUAUUAAAUAUGAAAAUCGUGAGCACAGUGAUUACGGGAUAUCUUCCGAGUCUAAUUUUCCAGCUUUUCCUUUUGACAGUACCACCCAUUAUGCUUCUACUUUCCUCAAUGCAAGGAUUCAAUUCUCAUAGCCAGAUCGAGAAAUCUGCAUGUAUCAAGCUUCUAAUCUUUACCGUGUGGAACAGUUUUUUUACAAAUGUACUGUCCGGAUCUGCUCUUUAUCGUGUUAAUGUGUUCCUUGAACCUAAGACUAUUCCUCGUGUGCUUGCUGCAGCUGUGCCAGCACAGGCAUCUUUCUUUGUAUCUUAUGUUGUGACAUCUGGAUGGACUGGUUUAUCAUCAGAAGUCCUACGUUUGGUUCCUCUUCUUUGGAAUUUAAUAAAUAAACUUUUCGGCAAGGAAGAUGACAAAGAAUUUGAAGUUCCUUCAACUCCUUUCUGCCAAGAAAUCCCAAAGAUUCUAUUUUUUGGACUUCUCGGUAUAACUUACUUCUUCCUUUCGCCAUUGAUACUGCCGUUCUUGUUGGGUUACUAUUGUCUUGGAUAUGUCAUCUACCGCAACCAGGUAACUGAACCAAUCUUACUCUUCAGCAUUUUUAUGUAGGGAGUUUAUUAUAAUAUAAUAUCUAAGA